UAUGAAUUUAAAUGAAGAUAAAAAGGCACCAUUGCGGGAAAAGGACUUCAGUAUCAAAAAAGAAAUGGUGAUGCAGUACAUUAAUACUGCUUCUAAGACAGGAAGCCUUAAGAGUAUCCGGCAGAUCUCACCUCAGGAAUUGAUUUAUGAGCUGAAAAUGGGGUCUGCAGAUGAGAGACUUGUCACAUGCCUGGAGUCCCUCCGCGUGUCUUUGACUAGUAAUCCUGUGAGUUGGGUGGAAAGCUUCGGACAUGAGGGUCUUGGACUAUUACUAGAUAUUUUGGAAAAACUGAUUAGUGGAAAAAUCCAAGAAAAAGUUGUAAAGAAGAAUCAACAUAAAGUUAUACAGUGUUUAAAGGCCUUGAUGAAUACUCAGUAUGGCUUGGAAAGGAUUAUGAGUGAAGAGAGGAGUCUUUCCUUAUUGGCCAAAGCCAUGGAUCCUAAGCACCCCAGUAUGAUGACAGAUGUGGUUAAACUUCUCUCUGCAGUAUGCAUUGUAGGGGAGGAAAGCAUCCUUGAAGAAGUUUUAGAAGCUUUAACUUCAGCUGGAGAAGAAAGAAGAAUUGAUAGAUUUUCUUGUAUUGUGGAAGGCCUUUGUCAUAAUUCUGUUCAACUGCAAGUAGCUUGUAUGCAGCUCAUCAAUGCCCUUGUUACAUCUCCUGAUGAUUUGGACUUGAGGUUUCACAUCAGAAAUGAAUUUAUGCGUUGUGGAUUGAAAGAGAUAUUGCCAAAUUUAAAACGUAUUAAGAAUGAUGGCCUGGAUAUCCAGCUUAAGGUCUUCGAUGAGCAUAAGGAAGAAGAUUUGAUUGAGUUCUCCCAUCGCCUUGAAGAUAUUAAAGCUGAAUUUGAUGAAGCAUAUGAUGUUUACAACAUGGUGUGGAACACAGUUAAGGAAACUAGAGCAGAGGGAUAUUUCAUUUCUAUUCUUCAGCAUCUUCUGCUGAUUCGAAAUGAUCAUUUUAUAAGGCAACAAUACUUCAAAUUAAUUAAUGAGUGUGUAUCCCAGAUUGUAUUGCACAGAGAUGGAAUGGAUCCAGACUUCACAUAUCGAAAAAGACUAGAUUUAGAUUUAAGUCAAUUUGUGGAUGUUUGCAUAGAUCAAGCAAAACUAGAAGAGUUUGAAGAGAAAGCAUCAGAAUUUUACAAGAAAUUUGAAAAAGAGUUUACUGACCACCAAGAAACUCAGGCUCAAUUGCAGAAAAAAGAGGCAGAGAUUAAUGAGCUUCAAGCAGAGUUCCAAGCUUUUAAAUCUCAGUUCGGCGCCUUGCCUGCUGAUAUGAAUAUUCCUUUGCCCUCAUCAAAAGAAGAUGGGACUGGCCACCCAGGACUUCCUCCUCCCCCUUUACUGCCGUCUUGUGGAGGGGUGCCACCUCCACCCCCUCCACCCCCUCCUCCACUUCCAGGAAUGCCGAUGCCAUAUGGUUAUCCUGUGCCUCCACCACCUCCCCUGGGAUUUCUCAGUGGACAAAACUCUCCUCCUCCACCAACUCUGCCUUUUGGGUUGAAACCAAAGAAAGAAUUUAAACCUGAAAUCAGCAUGAGAAGAUUGAAUUGGUUAAAGAUCAGGCCUCAUGAAAUGACUGAAAACUGUUUCUGGAUAAAAGUAAAUGAAAAUAAGUAUGAAAGUGUGGAUUUGCUUUGUAAACUUGAGAAUACAUUUUGUUGCCAACAAAAAGAGAGAAGAGAAGAGGAUGAUUUUGAAGAGAAGAAAGCUAUUAAGAAAAAAAUUAAAGAACUUAAAUUUUUAGAUUCUAAAAUUGCCCAGAACCUUUCAAUCUUCCUGAGCUCUUUUCGAGUGCCAUAUGAGGAAAUCAAAAUGAUGAUAUUGGAAGUAGAUGAAACACAGUUGGCAGAGUCUAUGAUUCAGAACUUAAUAAAGCAUCUUCCCGAUCAAGAGCAAUUAAAUUUAUUGUCUCGGUACAAGAAUGACUAUAACAAUUUAUGUGAACCUGAGCAGUUUGCUGUUGUGAUGAGCAAUGUGAAGAGACUACGGCCACGGCUCAGUGCUAUUCUCUUUAAGCUUCAGUUUGAAGAGCAGGUGAACAACAUCAAACCUGACAUCAUGGCUGUCAGUACUGCCUGUGAAGAGAUACAGAAGAGCAAAAGCUUUAGCAAGUUGCUGGAACUUGUAUUGCUAAUGGGAAACUACAUGAAUGCCGGCUCCCGGAAUGCUCAAACCUUUGGAUUUAACCUUAGCUCUCUCUGUAAACUAAAGGACACGAAAUCAGCAGAUCAGAAAACAACACUGCUUCAUUUUCUGGUAGAAAUAUGUGAAGAGAAGCACCCUGAUAUCCUGAAUUUUGUGGAUGAUUUGGAACAUUUAGACAAAGCUAGUAAAGUCUCUGUAGAAACGCUGGAAAAGAAUUUGAAGCAGAUGGGAAGGCAACUUCAACAGCUUGAGAAAGAUUUGGAAACCUUUCCCCCUCCUGAGGACUUGCAUGACAAGUUUGUGACAAAGAUGUCCAGUUUUGUUAUUAGUGCUAAAGAACAAUAUGAGAAACUUUCAAAGUUACAUGAAAACAUGGAAAAGUUAUACCAGAGUAUAAUGGGAUACUAUGCCAUUGAUGUGAAGAAGGUGUCCGUGGAAGACUUUUUUACUGACUUGAAUAACUUCAGAACCACAUUCAUGCAAGCAAUAAAGGAGAACAUCAAAAAAAGAGAAGCAGAGGAAAAAGAAAAACGUGCCAGAAUAGCUAAAGAAUUAGCAGAGAAGGAAAGACUUGAACGCCAGCAAAAGAAAAAGCGCUUAUUAGAAAUGAAGACUGAGGGUGAUGAGACAGGAGUGAUGGAUAGUCUGCUGGAGGCCUUGCAGUCGGGGGCUGCCUUCCGCGACAGAAGAAAAAGGACACCGAAGCCGAAAGAUAUUCGGCAAAGUCUCAGUCCAAUGUCUCAGAGGUCUGUUCUGAAAGUUUGUAACCAUGAAAAUCAGAAAAUGCAGUUGACAGAAGGGUCACGUUCACACUACAAUAUCAAUUGCAACUCAACAAGGACUCCAGUCACCAAGGAGCUUAAUUAUAAUCUAGACACUCAUACGUCUACAGGAAGGAUCAAGGCAGUUGAGAAGAAGGAAGCCUGUAAUGUAGAAAGCAACAGAAAAAAGGAAAUGGAUCUUCUUGGCUCUGUUUCUAAAAACGAAUCAGUUCCCGAAGUUGAAGCCCUGCUGGCAAGAUUACGAGCCUUAUAAAUUAAACUGGUAAAAAAUGAUUAAGCCAAAUAUAAAGCCAUGCUCUAAGCUAUAACACUUGAAAAAAUUGCUUUUAUAUAAGUUACUUUAUAUAGUUUUAAAUUAUGAUAUACAUUAGAAAAUAAAGCUAAAUACACGAUUGCAAUGCUUUUUCUAUGUACUUGAGGUUUUGGCUUAUUCAAGAAGGUAAUGGGUUUUAACGCUUUUUAUGGCUCCUGGUAUUCAUCUGUUCUAUAUUUGGUGGCUAAAUUAUACAUAUUGCUUUAGAGAGCAGGUAGGUGGCCAUGUGUUCAGCAAUGUGUCCUCAGAAAAUACCAUCUUUCUAAGACACGGUAAUUUUUACUUUACUAUUUUCAACAUUAAUGAAUGUCAAAUCAUCAACCUCAAAUCUUGCUACAUAUCCAUGUAUAGUCCAUGUAUAUUAUUUAUAUAGGCCCAGGUUUCUCCUUAAUUGGGGUCUACCCGUGCUACCAGCAUAACAUCAAAAACAUGUAACUGACGAUAUCAAAGCUGUAGGAAAUGAAUGGUAACCUCAUGAUCAUCAUUGUCGAGUUCAUGUUAAUUAGACUCUGUAGGGGACUAUAAGCAAUUGAGCACAUUUCCAAAAGUGAUGCAAUGAGAAUGUAUGCACUCUCUCUACCCAAUGCAUGUUCUUUUGUAUAAAGUGAGUAUACACAGUGUUACAAUGCUGCUGAAACUCCUGGUCUUAGCCAAGAGAGCAUUUUUCCCCUGGUAAUUAUGACACCGGGCUAAAAUUGCCAUUUUGAAACUUCCCAAGUAACAAAUUUCUUGAUUUUUGUGGACAAACUUGUAAUUCCAAUAUUUUGAUAUGACAAUCACUAGCUUUGGCAAAAAUCUGAAUAGGUGUUCACAUGCAAAUGUAAUUUUACCUCAUUUGAGCAUCAUUGCUCUGUUAAUUCCAUAUCAAAGAAAAUAAACUUGCUACUUGCACUAAAUGAAAAAA